GGUGGGGGGGCACAGUAUCAUGACACAUGUGUAAAUGUGGAGAUCAGAGGACAUGGGGAUCAAACUCAUGUCACCUGGUCUGGCAGCUAGCACUUUACCCACUGAACAUCUCACAGAUCUUGAAUUUAUUUCCUUUUAGACAGGUUCUUGUCAUGUAACAUAGGUUAGCCAUGAGUUUAAGUCCACGUGCCUUGCCCAGUGGUGGUGGCACAUGCCUUUUAAUCCCAGCAUUCGGGAGGCAGAGACAGGCCAACCUGGUGUACAGAGUGAGUUCCAGGACAGGCUCCAAACUACACAGAGAAACCCUGUCUUGAAAAACUGGGAGGAAAAAAAGCAUUUAUUACCAGUUCGGCUCAGGGGUUGUUAUUACGUAAGUAGAUUGUAGGGAGACAGAAAGAGAAAAAUCCGAAGUAAAGAGCCUUGGCUUUCAGACCUCCUCCCUUGCUCCAGCCACUCAUAUGUCCCCUCACCUUGAAUAGCCAGAGGUAGUAACUUGUCUAGUCCCUCAAGUGAUGGGACCGAAGGGGUCCAGGGCAGGGGGCAAGCUGCUGUGGGUCGGGGCGUGGCUUUGUGUGGGCGGGUUGGCUCCGGUGCAGGGCCCUGCUGGCCCUGCUGCAGCUGCCGCCCUCAUGCCCUCAUGUAACCAGAGCCUGUAGGUUGCAUCAGAGCCAGGGGGAGGUGGCCCGGUAAACAGCGGGGCCCCGGGGGCCGGGGUUCCCCAGGCUCCUUCAUCUACAGGAGCCUUGUUCUUCAUCUUGGAACCCAGGCAGAAGCCCCCAGGCUGGGCUCGGAUCUUGGUGUGUCUCAAGGACACCUGUGGGUGUGGACUGAGAACUGGGCUAGGGCAGGGGACUCACCUAUAGCACGGCACAAACUUUUCGGUUUUGAGUCUGAAGAGAAAGUUUGCAGCCGUGGGAAGUGGUUCACUGCUGUCAUCCAAACGCUUACAGUGUGAGGCAAGAAGACUGCCCUGAGCCUCCGUUACAAGAGUGAAACACGGUUGGGAGUCUGGGAAGUUGUGCCGAAACUACAGGGUUCAAAUUACACAGAUGUAGAACAAGGCAGAGGCCACCCAGGCAGCCGCACUCCUGCCCUACUCUCGAUUCUCACUCAGGGACAGAUUCAUUGUAAAGCACUGCAAAUGUCCCUCAUCCUUCUGGUGUUGCCCUACCAUUGUUCCCAUUGGCCUGGCUCCACCUCCAAAGAGUUGGGAGGGGUCCCAUGUGGGAUUCUACCCCCUUGUCCCCAGCCAGCUUUGUCCCUGACCUCUGACCCUGUAAUCCUUUUCCUUCGAGGCUCUGCAAACACAGAGAUGAACUGAGACAGGAGCAUGAUGGUAGAAGACCAGAAGAGGAUAGGAAGAGUCACUCGGCUCAGCCAGGCAACGAUGGGAAGGAAAAAAAUCCAGAUCUCACGCAUUCUAGACCAAAGGAACAGGCAGGUGACAUUCACCAAACGCAAGUUCGGGCUGAUGAAGAAGGCUUACGAGCUGAGCGUGCUGUGUGACUGCGACAUCGCACUGAUCAUCUUCAACAGCGCGCAGCGCCUCUUCCAGUACGCGAGCAGCGACAUGGACCGGGUGCUGCUCAAAUACACCGAGUACAGCGAGCCGCAUGAGAGCCGCACCAAUGCGGAUAUCCUGCAGACCCUGAAGAGGAGGGGCGUGAGCCUGGAUGGGCCUGAGCUGGAGGUGGAGGAGGGGUCAGACGGGCCUGGAGAGAAGCUGCUGAGGACGCUGGGAGGUGACAGAGGCUCGGCUUCGCCCCUGCCUCGGAUCUAUCCGGUGGCCCCUGCGAUGUCGGUCUCAGAGCUGUCCUACCGGGUUCCACUCGCCCCACCCGGCUGCGACCCCAGUGGGUUGGGGGAGGACCCGUCUGUCCACAGCCUCCCGCCCCUCUUUCGGCCCCCGGGCCUGGGACACCCCAUCUUCUCUCCGAGCCACCUUGCCGGCAAGACGCCACCACCCCUGUACCUGGCGACUGAUGGGCGGAGGCCAGAUCUGCCCGCGGGUCUGAUGGGGGCCCGAGGGGGACUGGGCAUCUCGAGGAGCCUGUACAGCGGCCUGCAGAGCUCCGCCGCCGCCCCAGGCCCCGCUUUGGGUAGCUUUGCCUUCCUGCCAACAAGUUCCGCAGAUUGCAGCCCCGGAGACACCGCUUCGCUCCCCCUGCAGUCCUCUCCCUGGCCCCCGACGAGGGACGCGGUGGACCCAGCCCGGCCGGGCAGCGCCCGCAGCAUGUGUGAGGAGGGUCCCCCCAGCCGAGUGGCCUCCCCUCAAACGCCCCCGAUCAGCAUUAAGUCCGAGCGUCUGUCCCCUGCCACUGGGGCCUCUAGCGACUUCCCCAGGCCCUACCCCUACCCCCUGCUCCUCACCAGGCCCCUAGCGGAGCCACUUCGGCCUGCGGCCUCCCUGAGUCGCUUGACCCCUGACGGCUGGCCGCGGUAGCGCCCAGAAGACUCCUCUCAACCUCCACGGACAUCCCGCAGUCUCCGGUUCCCUGCACAGCCAGGAGGGCGAGGGCACGCGAUGCCCCUCACUCGUGAGGCCCCUGUUCCUUCCUGGGGCCGCUACAUCAAUAAAGCCCAGGGCUCCGGGAGGGCGCUGGGAAGCCCCCCUCCCCCAGCC